CGCAUGCGUCGAGAAAGAGAGCGCACGAGCAGCAGGCUCGCUGUGAGCGCCGCACGUCUCGUGUACACUGAAGUGAAGUUUCACUGAGGAGAAACUUCCUUAUCACUGCUUUAUUUCCCGACAAAAGUCGUGCUUUUUGUGAACCAGGAUUAAGUAAUGAAAACCAUUUUAAGAAGUUGUAAUGAAUGAGAAAAGUCUAAUGAGUGUUUAAAUGGAUAAUAACGGGGUUUGAUUGAAAGAAAUCCGUUAACGAAGUGGGCGGAGCCUCUGCACGUGAAGUGCUCAUGGAGGGCAUCUGCUUUGAGGUGAAACCCAGAAGUGACCCCGUCCCUUCUUCCAAGCCACUCACAGAUGGAUCAGGAUAUAAAGACGAGGAGGAAGAGGAGAUUCGGUACAGAUUGACACUGGCCGGGUCGUUAGCGGUUCACCCCCAGAUCACCAUGGCCAUGCUGCCAUGGGUGGUGGCUGAGAUACGCAGGCCUGGGUUGAAGGAAAGGAGCUCCAGCACAACCAUAUCUGGACCUCAAGCUCUAGAGAUGUGCGACUGUCCGGUGGUCCUGCAGAUCUCGUGUUCCAUGGUGCGGUGUGUGCUGGGCAUGGCCUGUGCAGAGGACCAGUGGGACCCGCUGCGGCACAACGUCCUCUUUCAUCAGCGGCCACAUCGCGUCACCAAACUCAUCCACAACAGCCGAGAGCCGAGCUACUUCGGUUGUCUGGUUCGGGAUGAAACCAGCGCUACCUGCUAUGUGUUCCAUUGCCAUGAUGAACACAAGGUCCCGGAGAUCAUCAGCACCCUUAGGCAGGCCAGUAAAAGCUCCGCCCGUCAGGUGGACACACCUACCGGUGCCCAGCCCGGCGACUCUCACCAAGACAACAGUCACCAGGACAACCCCGAAUCGGUGACGGCCUUCACCAAAAGGUUCGAGGUGCUGUUCUGCGGGCGUGCAGUGGUGGCCAAGAAGAACGCUCCACCUGCACUGAUAGACGAGUGCAUCGAGAAGUUCAGCCGGGCGAAUGCCACCAGCUCUCUGACUGCCGGGAUCAGGAGAGCUUUCUCCCUCACGCAGGUGAUAAACGGAGUGAAUGAGGGAGCGGAUGGAGGAGGGAAGAGGACGCUGUUUUUCCGGAAAGAUCCGAGCUUCCCAUCUCUGCAGGCGCUGGACGAGAACGGUCUCUCGCCUGAACUGCAUCGCCGAUCGGCGCACGGAGCCACAGGAGUCCAGCCAACCAGCCUGCAGGAGAACAGGACCAUGUUAUUUAUGAUCGGACACUCUCAGAUCUUCCUAGUGAGUCCUGACAGUAAAAAAGUGGCCAUCGAGAAGAGCUUCAGGGAAAUCUCCUUCUGCUCACAGGGGAUAAGGCACGUGGAUCAUUUCGGCUUUAUCUGCAGAGAGUCGGACGAGGGCGGGAGCUGCCAGUUCGUGUGUUACGUGUUCCAGUGUACAGAUGAAGCUCUGGUGGAUGAGAUCAUGCUGACUCUGAAGCAGGCGUUCUCUGUGGCCGCACUGCAGAAGAGCACAAGGACCCACAGCCUGCAAUGUGACUCCUGCCCCAUGCAGCAGCUGCACCGACUCUGCGACCACCUCGAGGGUCUCGCUGCGUCCAAGGUGAAGCUGGAGUUGCAGAAGCAUGUGGCUUUACUGGAUAAUCAGGAGCAGGCGUGUGUGUUUGAGACGACCCUGAAAGCCAGACCGAAGUCGGACCAGGAGGAAAACGAGCUGGUGGUAUCAUGUUUAAGGCGACUCUAUGAAGAGAGACAGAAGCAACACACACACACAGACAUUGCACAGACAAAACAGGUAGCUCCAGCGGUGUGCGAUGAGACGUCUCCAGUUCCCGAAGGCAGCAUGAGCAGCAGCCGACUGCGUCUGGAGCAGUUGAAGAGUCGAGCCAAAAGAUCGCUGACAGAGUCACUAGAAGGAAUAUGGAAGAGCAACAGUAGGUCCAGGUUACAGAGAGAGUGCAGUGAAAGCACCUCCUCAAACUCUACUAUCAGCAGCACCCAUCAGGAUGUCGUCUCGGUGGAGCCGCCGUCUCCCCCCCUUCUCCUGCCCCCGUCCAGCCCACUGCGCUCCCACAAUUCCACUGGGGACCUGAAGUGCCUGGAGACCUCAGAAGUGGAUCAGGAAGGUCACGACCCCCAGGCUCAGAGCUUCAGGAGGCGAGCGAGUACGAUCAGUCACUCUCCGUCGAUGUGCAGCAGCAGCUUGAGCAUCCCGAGUGACCAGGUGGCGGCCGGCAGCAAGCCCAAACUCGUCCGUCAUUACUCCGUCAGCACCGACUCGCCUCACCAGAGCAAGGCGGCUCACCCCGAUGAUGCUUCUUCCUCCUCCGCUUCUUCCUCUUCCUCACACCUUUCCUUCUCUUCCUCUCCUACCUACACGAGACUGAUGAAGCAGAGAGCCUUCGAGCAGUUCACAAAACCCCUCAAGAGUGGACUGAGGGCCAGACUGUCUUCAUCUUCUUCUGUUCCAAACUUCUUAAAGUUUCUGGCUCCUGUAGAGGAGCAUGAUGAUUCCUGCUUCUCUCUGAAACACAGAGAUGUAGCGGCCCUGUCCAGCCCAGGAGCCAUGUGUGUGAUGGGACCCGACAGUCCACUCCGUCACCGAAGACACUCCUGGAGACAGCAGAUCUUCCUCAGAGUGGCUACACCACAGAAAGGCUCUGAUACACCAGAAAGAGGGGAAACAUCCCUAGAGGUCGGUAGCAGACUAACGGUGGGAGGUGGGGCUGGGGGCGGGGACAGUUUGCUGGGGGCGGUGCCUGAGGAGAGGAGGAAAAGGAGUCGGGAGGAGCUGCGGGACUUAUGGAAGAAAGCCAUCCUGCAGCAGAUCCUCCUCCUGAGGAUGGAGCGAGAAAACCAGAAACUACAGGCCUCCGCGAGCGACCUCCAGAGCAGACGGCUGAGGCUGGACUACGAGGAGAUCACACCCUGUCUUAAGGACGUCACUCUCGUCUGGGAGAAAAUGCUCAGCACCUCUGGGAGGUCAAAGGUCAAGUUUGACACAGAGAAGAUCCACACAGCCGUUGGGCAGGGUGUCCCCCGGCAGCACAGGGGUGAAAUCUGGAAGUUUCUUUCAGAACAGUAUUUACUGAGACAGCAGGUGCCCAGUGCCAAAUCUCCCAAUAAGGAUGUGCCUUAUAAAGAGCUACUGAAACAACUCACCUCCCAGCAACAUGCCAUCCUCAUAGAUCUGGGCCGUACAUUUCCCACGCAUCCAUAUUUCAGCGCUCAGCUGGGUGCAGGUCAGCUGUCGCUCUAUAACCUGCUGAAGGCCUACUCUCUGCUGGACCCGGAGGUGGGCUACUGCCAGGGGCUGAGCUUCGUGGCUGGAGUUCUGCUGCUGCACAUGAGUGAGGAGGAAGCCUUCAACAUGCUCAAGUUCCUCAUGUACGACAUGGGACUGCGCAAACAGUACAGACCAGACAUGAUCAUCCUUCAGAUCCAGAUGUAUCAGUUAUCUCGACUGCUUCACGAUUAUCACAGAGAGCUGUAUAGUCACCUGGAGCAGCACGAGAUCGGCCCGAGUCUGUACGCUGCGCCGUGGUUCCUUACCGCUUUUGCCUCGCACUUCCCUCUGGGUUUUGUGGCCAGAGUCUUCGACAUGCUGUUUCUGCAAGGGUCAGAGGUUACCUUCAAGGUGGCACUAAGCCUUCUGGGAAGCCACAAGCCUCUGAUUCUGCAACAUGAGAAUCUGGAGUCCAUUGUGGACUUUAUUAAGAGCACACUGCCUAACCUGGGACUGGUGCAGAUGGAGAAAACCAUCAAGCAGGUGUUUGAGAUGGACAUCAGUAAGCAACUGCAGGCAUAUGAGGUGGAGUACCACGUGCUCCAGGACGAGCUCCUCGAUGGCCCAUCCACACUCAGCCAAUCACAGCGUGCUGCACAGCUGGAGAAGACCAACGGCAGCCUGCGACAACAAAACCUGGACCUGCUGGAGGAAGUGCAGGUGGCCCAUGCGAGGAUCCGUUUCCUGGAGUCUCAUGUGGAGGGUUUGGUGCAGAGCGAGUCAGUGCUGCGUGUGGAGCUCACGUCCCUACAGCAGGAGCACUCUGAGCUGCAGCACACAGUCACCCAGCUCCAGGCUCUGCUCACCAGCCACGGCAUCCAGUACAGCUGGGCUCCAUCCUAAUAGACUCCCUCUUCCGACCGCUCGCUCCUUUGUUUCCUCAGCAGGAGAAACGACAAGACCUCGUGGCCUGGGGGGCGGAGUUUCGAUAUGUUGCGUAAAGUUUAACGCGCAUUUGUCCCUGUGGGAUGAAGGAAGAGGAUGUAGACUCGUGAGUAAGUGUCCUUUGGAUUAGAGCUCAUCCCCUAUACAACACCCCCUCAAUCCCCCCACCACCACCCUCCCUAAUAGGAAGUGCCUAAAGGUCAAAGGACUUUUUUUAAAGGCAUAAGAACAACACCAGCACUGAUUGACUCGGCGGCUCACUCCGAACAAGUGCAAACGUUACUCACACUACACAUUCUGUGUGUGCAUGUGUGUGUGUGUGUGUGUGUGUGUGUGUGUGUGUGUGUGUGUGUGUGUGUGUGUGUGUGUGUGUAAAGUAUUUGCACCCUUUGUCUUGUGUGUUUAUUUCAUGUAAACACACUGCUGUAUGCUGUUCUACUCUGAUAAACAAAAACAAAUGAGAUGUACACAAUCGUGACUUUUCUUUUCAGCUUCCAUUUUUUCCAGACAUGAAAGUUGUUUUUUUUUUUUUGUCAUAAUAAUUACUCUCAUUAUAGCGCGUCUCUGUCUAGACACGGAAUCUCUGUGUGUUUUCAGACGAAGCCACCCAGCCCUUCAGAUACACGAAUCUACCUGAAUAACAAUACCCACAAUGCACCAUACUCGUCUGUGAAUCCAGACCACACUUUUCCCAGACGCUAACGUCGCCACACAAUGACUCUCUGCGUUCUUUGCUCUACAUUCAAACAGUCAGUCGAACAAUAAAGGGACACGUGACCGCCGGCCGUGUUUUGUGCUUCUGCUUUUUUUUUCUUUUUUUUUCCCGAGAAUAGCUGAUUGAUAUAAAUGGGAAUGUUUUCACCGAGUGUAUGUUUAAUGGAGUUAAUGGAAGGAGUCGAGGUGUCGAGGUACAUACGCACCCCCAGGACGUGCAGAUCAGUUUUCCCUGACAAUUUGUUUUGUAACAACAACUGUUGUUUUUUUACGUCUGAUAAAAACGUGUAUCGAGGCUCGUGAAUAAAUCGUGAUGUUAAAGGAGCGCUCUGUCAUUUUGUACGUUGUUCAUCUUUACCAUAUAUGGGGAAAAAAUGUAGACAAAUGGCCACACCCACCUCGAACAUACAGUACAAUGCUCUAAAAAAAAUUUUUGGCUCAUUAGAAGCAAAUAUAUACAGACCAUAAAGCAGGUCUAAAUAAUUUCUGUACCAGAAUUUUUUGUUUAUGUGGACAAGAGGUAGCUGUGUGAGAUCGUUGUUCAGACUGAGGGGUGGGGCUAAAACGAGGAUAAAUUCAGAUCAUAGAUCAUCGUGUUCAUAGUAAGGAAGGGGACGGACUUUCUCUCGUCCUCUGUUGUGGGACGGUCGCUAAUGUUGUAAUAACAUAUAAUAUAAAAAACAUUAAUCAUCAGCACGUCCAGUCCCAAGAGUUCAAAUUGAGAGCAAAAUUAGCACAAAGUUAACACUAGGUUCCGAACUUCAGAGUAAAAGGAAGCUUACCUUGCUACAGUGACACACACUCACAUACACAGGACAUUACGAUUAGCAUUGUAUCAUUCAGCUAUUGCAUCGUGUGUGUGUGUGUAUAAACGUUUGUCAAAACUGAAUGAACCAAAGACAUUAAAACGAUGUGGAAUGUGUCGCGUGUGUGUGUAAAUACAA